AUGCCUUCAUCGCCGAACUCGAUCCCGGCGACGCCGCGAAUCAUCUCCCCAUCGCCAUCUCUCUCCGAUAGAUCCGACGCACGUGAUGGGUAUUUUGCACCGACAACACGGUCAGCGGCGCGCCGACAACGUCGUUCCGAAGCCGCAGAGGAUGCUGCUGAGCCAGAGUCUACCCCCUCAGGCGCGGUGCGACAACGGCGGCCUGAACGGCGAUCGAAUCCGAAAAUUCCGGCCUCGCCCCCAUCCACCAAUGGCAGUGCCUCGAACGGCUUCCUCUCACCGACAUCACGAAUUCCAGAGGCCUUGCGAGACCUUUCGCGAUCGCCAUCACCACUCGGACUCAUUCCUCUGCACACCCGUUACCGCAGUUUCAUUCACCGCCACGAGAUUCCUCGCAAAGUGUUGCACGUGUCAAUCGGAUUUCUCACGCUCCACCUUUACAGCCGGGGUAUCCAGACGCUGCAGAUAACUCCAGUACUAUUCACAUUAUUGGUGCCCAUCGCACUCACAGAUCUAAUCCGUCACCGCUCGGAGAAAGUCAACAAGUUUUACACACGUUGCUUGGGCGCUCUUAUGCGCGAGACCGAGGUCUCCGGCUACAAUGGUGUGAUCUGGUACCCUCCUUGGCGCAUAUGUUGUCCUGAGAUUCUUCCCCAAGGACGUUGGCGUUAUGGUUGGUGUGACACAGCCGCAUCCACCUUCGGCCGUCUCUGGGGUCGCUACACGCCUCGUCUCCGACCAGGCAAGAGUCUGGCUGGAACCCUGGCUGCCUGGGCUGUCGGCGUUAUUACGGCUGCGGCCUUCUGGGGUUGGUUCGUGCCCUACAUCGGCACCUUCCCCGAUGACCCAGAAGAUGCUUUCAUGUUCAAGGGUCGCUUGAACCUGCUUCCGGAUUCUGUCCGGGGUCUUCUAGGCUGGACCGGUGACUCGUCUUCCACCACAAUUACUGGACCAUUGGCUCUCGGCGUCAUGAGUGUCGUGUCUGGCGUUGUUGCCGCGGGCAGCGAAUUCAUUGAUCUAUGGAAUUGGGAUGACAACCUCACGAUCCCCGUCCUCAGUGGCCUUGGACUUUGGGGAUUCCUGAAGGUCUUCGGUUAA